CUUGUUAUUUACUGUAAAUGUGAAGAUCCGGUGAUCGCGUGAAUUCAGCUGCGCGUUUAUUCCGUGUGCGCCGGUAACGCUGCUGGCGAUUCUACAGUAAAACGGUUUGAGAGAGAACGACACUGAAAUCAAGCGCGAUCUUCAUCAUAAUCAUCAUCAGCAGCAUCUUCACCGUCUCAUCGCGUCAAUCUUCCGUCUGUGUGUCGAGCAUGAAGGACUGAAGCGGCUCGUUGAGCCGUUUGUCAGUUUGACCUUGAGUCUGUGUCUUGUUCUCCUCAUGUCGAGACACUCGGCCUGAUCCAGCUCCAUCAGAUUCUCCGUAAGUUCUUGAGAGGUCAGGGGUCGGUGUGAAUAUCAUGAUCCUGAUCAGUGGAGGUCAAUGAGAGGUGUUCACUGAUAUAUUCCAACCAUCACUAAAUAACAGAAUCUUAAAAUGAUCCAGCGUGUGACUUCUGACAUGUAAAUGGCGUCUAAGGUGCGUGAUGCUGUGCUCUGGUACCAGAAGAAGAUUGGUGCGUAUGACCAGCAGAUAUGGGAGAAAUCAGUGGAGCAGCGAGAGAUCAAGGGUCUGAGGAACAAACCGAAGAAGACGGGUCACGUGAAGCCGGACCUGAUUGACGUGGAUCUGGUCAGAGGUUCUGCGUUUGCUAAAGCGAAGCCUGAGAGCCCGUGGACCGCUCUGACCCGGAAGGGCAUCGUCAGGGUGGUUUUCUUCCCCUUCUUCUUCCGCUGGUGGAUUCAGGUGACGUCGAGAGCCAUCUUCUACCUGCUGCUGUCUCUCUACCUGCUGCAGGUGGUUGCGGCGCUGCUGUUCUUCAGCGUCUCCAGUACUCACAGCGUCCCCGUCACAGAGGUGUUUGGCGCCACCUGGCUGAUGCUGCUGUUAGGAACCGUUCACUGCCAGAUCGUCUCCACACACACUCCCAAAUCCAGCGGCGGAAGCAGCAGCGGGAAGCGGCGCAGGAAGUUGAGGAAAGCCGCUCAUUUGGACAUUCAUAGAGAAGGCGACGGCUCUAGCACUACCGAUAACACGCAGGAGGGGGCGCCGCAGGGCUCGCUGUCUGCCGGCUCGCGCGGCCUCGUCGCCUUCUUCAGAGAGUUCUGGCAUGAUAUCUUUAAAGCGGGGUCUAAAAAGUCCAAGCUGUCUAUCGAUAAGUCCACUGAGACGGACAACGGAUAUGUGUCUCUGGAUGGACGCAUCACCAGCAAAAGCAGCGAGGAGGGUUUACAGCUGCACGAGCCGCACUGCGAGCUGCUGCGCUCCGAAGAGCCGCACUGGACCGUCCCGCACACCAGGAACACCCUGAUCCUGCCGCCCUCAGGGAAGUGUCUGCCUGAGGCCGCGGCUCCUCGCGGUGUGGAGAACAUGUCUGAUGAAGCGUCCAGUGAAGAAGAUCCAGAGAACUACAGCGCCCUCCGCAGGGGAACGGAGCGCAAGAACAGCGAAUGCACACUGCGCAACAGAAAAACACAGCACUACAAGAAGCAUUACACUGCUGAGGAGACGCUCAAAUCCGGCACAAGCUGCAGUUCGCGCUGCUCCAGCUCGCGGACACAGGACUCGGAGAGCACGCGGCACGAGUCGGAGACGGAGGACGUGCUAUGGGAAGAUUUCCUGCACUGCGCUGAGUGCCGCUCGUCCUGCACCAGUGAGACAGACGCCGACGGAUCUGCGGUCUGUUCCGCCUCCAAGAAAGAGUUCAGAGACGACCCGUUUCAUCAGGGUCACGUGCCGUGGCUUCACAGCUCCAACCCGGGCCUGGAGCGCGUCAGCGCCAUCGUGUGGGAAGGAAACGAGUGCAAGAAAGCGGACAUGUCUGUGCUGGAGAUCAGCGGCAUGAUCAUGAACAGAGUGAAUCUCUACACUCCAGGGAUUGGCUAUCAGAUAUUUGGGUAUCUGGUGUCCGUGACACUGGGUUUGACCCCGUUUGCGUUCAGAUUGUUCCAGUACAAAGACCUGGAGCAGCUGGCAUCUCUCUCGGCCGGCGAGAUCCUGUCCAUCGCCAUUGGCUCCACCGACGUCCUGGUGAUCGGCAUGGUGAGCGUGAGCUUCGUGGCGCGUGUGUGUCUCAUCUGGCUGUUCUUCUUCCUGCUCAGUGUCGCCGAGAGAACGUACAAGCAGCGGCUGCUGUUUGCGAAGCUGUUUGGUCACCUGACGUCGGCGCGGAGAGCCAGAAAAUCUGAAGUCCCUCAUUUCCGUCUGAAGAAGGUGCAGAACAUCAAGAUGUGGCUGUCACUGCGUUCUUACCUGAAGCGGCGUGGUCCUCAGCGCUCUGUGGACGUGAUCGUCUCCUCUGCGUUUCUUCUCACGCUCUCGGUGGUUUUCAUCUGCUGUGCUCAGCUGCUUCACGUUCACGAGACGUUCCUGGAGUUUCAUUAUAACUGGGAGCUGAUGAUCUGGUGCGCGUCGCUGUCGCUGUACCUGCUGCGAUUCGUCACGCUGGGCUCCGAGACCAGCAAGAAAUACAGCAACACCUCCAUCUUACUGACAGAACAGAUUAAUUUGUACUUGAAAAUGGAGAAGAAACCAAAUAAGAAAGAAGAACUGACUCUGGUCAACAACGUCCUCAAACUGGCCACAAAAUUACUGAAGGAGUUGGACGCUCCGUUUCGACUGUACGGUCUGACCAUGAACCCUCUGCUGUACAACAUCACUCAGGUGGUCAUCCUGUCGGCCGUGUCGGGAGUCAUCAGUGACCUGCUGGGCUUCAACCUGAAGCUGUGGAAGAUCAAAUCAUGACGGCGAAUCUGAGUGAUUCCAGCUUCCCGAGGCGACGCUUGCUCGUGUCCGACACACGGUGGCGCCGUUUCCCCGCGACAGGGGCUUCCUGACCAUGAACUCUUGACCCUGUUAGGUCAUAUCAGAGUGCUUGUGCAAUUCAGCUAUUUAUUUUACCCUUUCAGUGUUUCUUUUUUAUUCUCAAGUAUUUGUUUUAGCUGUUACAAUUGUUUUAAGUAUUAUUUUAGCUCGGGAUGUGACGCUCUCAUAGGAAAGUUGCAGCAGUUGUGCUUGUGUUUCGCAGUCUGUGAUAUUUAAGACUGCUGUGAGUUACUGAAACCGAGAGUUUGAAGAGAAAAACGCCCAUCAGGACGUGAUGAACGGAUGAAACUGACACACACGUGUUUAUGUAUGCGUGUGAAUUUUCACUUGUUGAUGUUUGUUGAAUCUGGUCUGCAGAAGCUCAGUUGAGUUUUUCAGCUUUGCUCCAUGUUUUAUAUUCAAGUGUCAGUUAAAAUGAACAUUGCUGCAUCUGAUCACACGGAGUCUGCAGUAACACACUCGAGUGUGUGUGUGUGUGUGUGUGUGUGUGUGUGUGUGUCAGCAGUUUGGAAAGCCUCAAGAUGUGCACUUUACAGCAGAAAAUGUUACAUGUUUCAGAGUCAAAGCGUUUAGACAUUGUGUUUUUGUUUGGGACAGAUGGUGUAACGACCAAAGUGUUUAUUUUUGUGUUUGUCUGUUUUUUGCUGGACAUGAAUGUAUUAGAGACUCUCUGAACUCUGGUUUGUAAAGAGGACAGACAGAGUUACUUUGUUUUUUUUGUCGUGAUUUUGUUUUUGCCUGUUUGGGUUUGAUUCGUAUAGAUCCAUAUUUCUGUUCAUGGAGGGAAAAUGUUCUGUUACAAAGAAACACUAUUUGAGGAAAUGGAGAAAUUGAAUGUCUUGUUUGCUUUUCAGAGAGAAUCUUCUGUUUCUAUUUUCUAUGAAUGUCAAACGUUCGGCGGCACGGUUUCUUUUCUCAGUUUUCCACUGAUUGUAUGAAGGUACAGCCAGAUUUCACGAGACUCUGGCGUCACUUACUGUACAAAUAAACCUCUCAUGAAAAGUG